AAAAAACUUUAGAAUUUCAUUUCCAGAAAUUGAAAUGACAUGGUUUCAAUUGUAAUUUCAAAUUACAAGUCAUCCAAACAAUAGAAUUGAUCAAUUCCAUAAUUUCAAAUAAAAUCUCUACAUCCAAACACGAACUAUAGGAUCCGUAUUCCAUAAUUGUGAGAUAAAAACCCAAUGAGAUAAAUUGGAGUCCCCAAAUCUCGAUCUCUACUCUAAACUCUCUAGGGUCCUCCAAUAAAUGUCAACUCACGAACCAAGAAAUGACAAAAUCUAUGUCUUUUCCUUGACCCAUCUACACGUCGACCAUGGAACAUUCUGAAACUAACUGUACACAGUACACGAUAAUGGAUACUUCACAGCAACCACUAGCAACAGAGAGCUUCUCAUACAGUUGGCUAGCAACAGAAUCAUCAUCCUUCUCAAACAUUAACCAUUCUGUCCUCCUUCCAGAAGAUCAUGAUGAACCCAACCACAACUUCGAUUUCGAUAUUUCGAUGUCGAAAACCAAUCCCUCAUCACUCGUUCAUGCUGAUAAACUCUUCUCCAACGGCCUCAUCCUACCUCAAUCCAUCGACAUAAACCCUUCUUCUUCUUCUUCUUCUUCUUCAUCACCUUCUCCAUUGCUUGUUGUUAAUCCCAUAAUUAUUCGUCAUCAUCAUCCAUCGCCUUCGUCGUUUCGAAAGAUGUUCCUUGGAAAAUGGAGUAAAUUUGUUCCAGGGAAGAUAAUCAGCAAGUAUGUAAAAUGCUUGAUUCCGAUGAGGGAAUCAAUUGGCAGGGGUGGAAGGAGAAGAGUUGAUGAUGUGAAUAGGAUAGCAUGGGAAGUAAAGAGUUGGAGUACUAAUAACACUCCUCAAGUUGUUUCUCCUAUCAGAGAAACUUCACCUUAUUGUUCUGCUUGGAGCGACAUUGAUGAAACCUCCAUUCGUGACGCUAUUCUUUACUGUAAAACAUCUGGUAAUGGUUUAUGUUAAUUAAUCAAUCUUAACUUCUCUUUUUUUUUUUUAGUUUAACCAUGUAAUAUAUAUAUUUUGCCUAGUCACGAUCUUUUUUUUAUGUUACAUGUUUGAAACUUAAUCAUGUAGUUUUUGAAACUUAUCCUAGUAUAACUCAUUGUCAGAGCACCAACUCAACCAAAA